UUUAAUUUAGUGUCAAUUGUCAAAAUUUCCCGCUUUUAUUCAGAGACUAAUUGCAUAAAUACUAUUAUAAUCAUUAUUAAUUAGUUAAAUACGCCAAAAUGGGUAUUAUUGGUUUAUCUAAAUUAAUUGCAGACAUUGCACCCCAUGCUGUUAAAGAAAUGGAAAUUAAAAAUUACUUCGGUAGAAAAGUGGCAAUUGAUGCGUCUAUGAGCUUGUAUCAGUUCCUAAUAGCAGUGCGGAGUGAAGGAGCACAAUUAACAUCCGUGGACGGUGAAACCACAUCACAUCUCAUGGGCACAUUUUAUAGAACAAUCCGUCUCGUUGAAAAUGGUAUCAAGCCAGUUUAUGUGUUUGAUGGAAAACCACCUGAAAUGAAAUCUCAUCAACUUAAUAAACGAGCAGAGAGACGUGAAGAGGCAGAGAAAGAACUGCAGAAAGCAACGGAGGCUGGUGACUCAGCAUCGAUUGAGAAGUUUAACCGUCGGCUGGUAAAAGUGACAAAACAACAUGGUGAAGAAGCGAGAGAGCUUUUGAAGUUGAUGGGUGUUCCUGUGGUUGAAGCUCCAUGUGAAGCCGAGGCUCAAUGUGCAGCUUUAGUGAAAGCUGGUAAAGUAUACGCGGUGGCCACAGAAGAUAUGGACGCAUUGACUUUCGGAUCGAAUGUGCUCUUACGACACUUGACCUUCUCAGAAGCGAGAAAGAUGCCCGUACAAGAGUUUCACCUGAAUCAAGUUCUGGAUGGGUUGGAACUUAAUCAUACAGAAUUCAUUGAUCUCUGCAUUCUCCUCGGCUGUGAUUACUGCGGCUCCAUCCGCGGUAUCGGGCCCAAACGAGCAAUUGAACUCAUCAAGCAACACCGGAGCAUAGAGGACGUGCUGCACAACAUUGAUACUAAUAAAUAUCAACCCCCAGAGAAUUGGAACUUUGAAGACGCGAGGAGACUAUUCCUUAACCCGGAAGUUACAGAAGGAAAGGAUAUUGAGUUGAAGUGGUCAGAUCCAGAUGAGGAUGGUCUCGUUAAGUUCCUGUGUGGAGACAAACAGUUCAAUGAAGAUAGAGUCCGCAAUGGUGCGAAGAAGUUAAUAAAAGCUCGUACUGGAUCCACACAGGGCAGACUUGAUGGCUUCUUCAAGAUAUUAUCAACAACACCCAAUCCGAAGCGUAAAGCCGAAGAACAGAAGAAGAACGUAAAUAAGAAAGCGAAAACGGGUAGCGGCAGGGGCAGGAAACCGAAAUAGAAUAUCAAACUUUAACAAUUAGAUUAUUAAGAUAGUUUGUUAAUUAUGUUACUCACCGUCGGCCUUAUUUAUAAAUGUUUAGUGGGUCCUAGUUAAAAAUAAAUCGAUCUUUUUUUUUUUAUAAUUUGAAAGAAAACAACGGCAUCUCUACGUAGUGUGAAACAAAGUAUAUAAAGAUAUUUUAAACUACGCAACGGAUUUGAAUGUGUUUUUCAUUAUAAAACAGAGUGAUCCAAGUGGAAUGUUUAUAUGUAUAAUACAUGUAUGUUAUGUUGGAGAAAUUUAGAAUUUCA